GAGGAAGAUUCGCAUUCGUAGGCGCCCGCGAUGGUUUGGUGGGGAGUCAACAAACGUCCCUUUCACGAGUCAGCCACACGCCAAGCCCCUAAAGUGCUUACUCGAAGCUAACCUCAACGCGACAUUCACCGGAAAACACAUUUUUCCUAGGAAGUAGCCGAGUGCUUCUACACUCUAAGAGUCGCUAAUUCCCACGAUGCCCAACGUGCUUGUUAUUUCUUUUGAGGAGUUCUCCUUCUCGUCCCGACAGCUCUACGAGCACCUUCUCCCAAAGCUCCUCUCCAGGGCAGCUAUCCACGAGUCCACCAUCGUACAGGAUGCUCUCAACUAUAUCCUUUCCGGAUGGCCAAACGUAAUACUGAUCGCAGACCCAGUGAUCGCAGAAGACACAGACAAGCAUCGACGCCUGCUCGAAGCAGUUGCCGAUCACACGAGGCAUGGCUGCACUACAGUGUUAAUGGGUCUAUUUGCGGUAGCCAUCGAGUCCGAGACGCUAGAUGCCAGAUUCAAAGAGUACUUUGAUCUGCGAUGGCGGGUGGCCGAGUCAACGACACACCAAGUUCGACUGAUGGCCACGGACGAAUCGAUGAUCAGGACCGCCAGUCUCUUUCCAGUAUUCCACGCAAAUGCCGUUUUUCUUGGCAGAGUGCCUGCGGCGCAGACGGUAUAUGCUGGGUCGAGUGGAGCUACUAUGACUGCUUAUGCGGCAUAUGCACGUGUUGGGCUCGGAAAGCUGGGGUAUAUCGGCGAUACGAACUUUGGAGAGGAGCCCGAGCGACUGAUUCUGGCCAUGUGCCACUUGGAUCGCCCGGAGGACAGUCUCUAAACGCAAUACGUCCACAUGAGCAAAGCAGAUAGAUAUUAUGUCGCUCUUAGAUAAGAUACUAAUCGAAGAAAUCCAACUCUAUGAAGGUCUAGAUAUCUCCGAAGAUCCCGCUUACGCCGACACUACCAUCGCGAGCACUUGCAGGACUGUAUUUUCCUAAACUGUCCUCCUAUCCAUCCGGUCCAGCGUCUCCCUGGCCCCCCACUUCGUCCACUCUGUAAUUCUCAGCAUGGAUUCCCUCCUGUACAACUAUGCCCACACAGCGGGUAUAGACGUUUCGUUAAAGCGUACAUCAU